AUUACAAGAUGGCGGCCUCGACUAAACUGGACGGUCGUCUAUGGCUUCUACAAGAAAGAUUAAAACAGGAACACCUCUUUGUUUCUAGGGAAAAGGAAUCUAUACAGCAUAUGAAUACAGAAAUUCAGUCAACAUGUGAAAAAUUGUUCCAUCUUUCGUGGAUAGCCGGACAACAGUGGAGGAAUUUGCAGAGGUUACAAGCCAACCCAUCGAAGGCCAGCCAAGCAAACAGUUUGCUAGAGAAUGCUAAGUUUCUUGAUUCCUACAAAGCCUUUGGACAUCUUGAAUCAAAGUAUGGAGAGUUUCUUAAGGGAUUGAGAGAAAAUCCGCGGCUCUUGGCAUCUACUUUAGCCUUUGUUGAUAGAAUCAAAGUCAACAUCGACAUUAGACAAGUUGUUCGUCUUGUGCUCAACUCUCUAUAUGGAAACUGUCUUUUACCGGAAGAUGAGAAUUAUGUACUUAUGUUGAUGAAGUCUUUAAUGGAAUUUCAGAUCUUAAAGAGUGAAGAUCCUUUAACAUUCUUUAGGAGCCCCAAGAACUGGUCUUUUACAGUCAUGUUUAGUGUUAUGAUAGAGGGCUUGUUUUCUGCCAAACUAUACCUCACCGCUGCUCUUCACACACAAAUACUUCAGAUUCUAGCCAAAGAUUCACAACUACAAUCGCAUCUGCCAUUUUCUUGUACUAAAUUUGUACAAAGCUUAGAGGAAAAACUGUACUGUUUUCCACCAAGCCUAAGAUGGCUUGUAUGUCAAUUAUUUAACGUUUUAAGAUCAAGUAUGAUUAGUGAAAGGCAAGCAAAGGCAAUGGUUUCGGAACUAAUUUUCAACUAUCUUAUUUGUCCUGCAAUAAUCAACCCAGAACCUUACGGGAUCAACUCGGAUAUGCAAGUUAGUAAAACUGCAAGAUUAAACCUGCAGCAAAUUAGUUCUUUGUUGUGUAAGAGUUGUACAGCCCCCUGGCAGGAUAAUGUGGUUCCAACAGGUGACAUCUUCAACAGCAUUGAUUUGGGAAGUAUAGCUUCUUUUGUAGAUGCAAUUUUGGAAGGAGCAGAUGAGGUAAAUGAUUUUCCAGAGCAGCAGACAUUACCAGGGCUGUGUAGAACUUCUAUACUUAUCACUGAGAAUGAAAUGAAAGUUUUGAUUGCAUUCAUGAGAAUGGUUUGCUCAUGGGAAAGUGACACAGGCUUCCCACAUCAUAAAGAACUACAAGAACUACUAGAAUUGCUUCCUUUUGAUGCAGAAACACCACCAUUGAAACAACAACUAUCAGCAACAAUUGCCACACAGUCGUCUCCUUCUGCAAGUCCUAAAAUUCCUCAUAAAGGUCGUACCAGGUUUCCAUGGAAAAAACAUCACAGACCCAUACCUGAAAUGCCUUCCUUUGAUGAUGAUGAAGACAGCCCAAAGAAAGCAGCAACAACAUUACUUACAUCUGCUAUGCCUGAAGUGACCAAGGCACAGAAAUACCAGCAAGAAUGUAAUAAAAGAUUGGGGGAUCUGUACCAAGAGAACGAAGAUGUUCUUGUUGUUUGUCUGGGUUAUUCAUCUAUUGAGUCUCCAGGAAUGCUCUCAGAGGAAAAGGUUCUGGGUAUAGAGAAACCAAAAAUAAAGGAAAACAAGAAGUCACAGCCUAGUGGCUCCCAACCAUUCAGGUCAAGGUCCAGCUCUAACAAGUUCACAAAACUGUUUCAUGAAAUGUCAAUUGAAAAAGACUUGAACGAGAAAGGUUCAACAAGUGCUGACAAUGAGAUUGAAUCAAGUGGUGAUUAUCACUUAGAGACAAUUGUAGGUUCUCCUUCAGUAAGUAAAGUAGAUGAAACAGAAGAAAACAUUCUUAUGAUGAGAACACAUGAACCACAGAAAGUAGAUCUUGUGCAGGACACAAUGCAUUUUCCAACCAAUCCAUUUCAUGGCAGAGACAAUGGUCCUGAUGUAGUAGAAAGUGGUUCACAGAAUUCUGCUGGUGUAAAACAGGCUGAGGUGGAUCUACUCAUAGACUUUUCAUCUGAUCCAGCUCGUUUUUCACCUGAGACAAGCCCUGAUACUAACGUACACACUGGAAGUAUCAUAGAUGCACCAUUAUCCCCAGAUAUACCAGAACCAGAACUCACUCGAUCCUCUUUUACUAUAUCAUCACGUAGCAGCACCAUCAGCAGUGGCAGCAGUGCACGUGACAGUACCUUUAGUAACUUUUCCAGUCUUAGUAGUGGCACAAGAGAUAGUACAGUAGAUAGUGGAUUUAUGGAUAUACCCGAGGAAAAUGACAACAAAGACAAUCGAAAUAGCUUUGGGAAUAACCUGUUUAAUCAGAACAUUAUGGGGGAUACAAGUACAGAUGACCGCAGGAGUGUGAUUAGUACCUUGAGUAGAGACAGCUAUAGCAGUGGGACAGUGGUGGAAGCUGGAGAAGAAGCAUACAGAUCUAAUAGGGAUAGUCAAGUAAGUACAUUGAGUGAAGAUUACCUUGGGGAAGUUCAGAGAAGUGGGUCUUCUAGCACUCCAGAAGAUGAAUUGGAUUUGAAGGAAACCAAGAAGCAUAGUAAGGCAAAGGCACUUAAGAAGAAAAUGGGUAAGAGAGCACAGACUCUAGGCUUCAUUGACAAGAAAAACAAAGAUAGACGCAAAUCCUUGCCUGAAUCUGAUUUAAGCAGCAAAAGUGAAAGAAAGAACAAAGGACUAAUAACACGGUUCCGUAAAGGAGGAGGGAGCCGAACAAAGCAGAGUGGAGCACGAGUUUAUCGACAGAUUGAUGAUAACACUAUGUCUCUGUUUGGUAUGUUACCAACCAUUCCUCUUGGACAGUUUGAAGCUGCUGAUGAAAAAACCCCAAAAGAUAUCAUUCAAGGUCUGAUGGAUAAGUACAAAGAAGUAGCAGCCAUGAAAGCCUUAGAAGAUUUCUGUGAAGACAAAGGUGGUGAAGGAGAGAAUGACGAGGAAGAGGACGAUGUCUGGGAUGAAGCAGCUCGACUGAAUGACACCAAGAGAAAGCUAAGACUUGUUCUUUGCCAAGCUGACUUUAGAAACCUCCCUUGGCUGAUGUCUAAAGACCGGGUUAUCUCUGCCAGCACUCCUUUGAAGGGCCAAAGUGAAGAACUAAUGACCUUUCUCCAUGUGCAACUGGCAGAGGCCAUCAAUCUACAGGACCGUUCACUUGUAGCUCAGCUACAUGAGACUAUACGAAGUGUCACAUAUUUAUCCAAAGACAGUUGUACGAAUAUAUUGAGUUUGAUGGAGAAGGAGUAUCAAGGCCGCAUGCCGUACCUUGCAUAUUUAACUCGUUCACGGCAAACAUUGCUGACAACACAGUGUCAUUUGGAACGAUUAAUUGAGAGAGUACAAAAGAAUGCGAUGAUAUGCAAGAAGUGCUUCUCUUCAAACUGCAUCACCUUGUUUUUGGAGGAACGAGAGAAGGAGAUAAAUACAUUUAUCAAAGACUUUAGAAGCACAGACGUUUGUCCAACAGUUGACGAAAAGUCCAAAUUUCUGGAUGAGUUUUUGGACAAACUGUAUACAGAUCUUGAAAGAGACGAAGCUUGGUUGGGAGCUUCAGACGAUCAGAUAGAGAAAGGCUGUACUGCGAUAGAGCGUGACAUAAUGGCGCGUGUUUAUAAUGACGCAUUUUAUCCCCAUGGAGGAAUAGACAUGGAGCGAGACAAAGCAUUUACAAAACACGUUGAACAACUACAAGGAGUGGUUGGUGUUAACCAUAAAGCAAUUCGAAUCCCUAAGAUGUACCGUAAAGAGGCACCAUGGCCUUCAGCACAGCAAGAACUCAAGAAUAUUAAUGCUUACAAGACGCCCAAAGACAAACUGAAAUGUGUCCAGCGGUGUUGCUUCACAAUCAUGAACCUACUGAACAUGGCAAGCGCGUCCAAUUCAUGUGAUCCCGCAGGCGCUGAUGAGUUUGUCCCAGCAUUAGUAUGCGUCCUCAUCCAAGCUAAUCCACCCAGCCUUCUUUCAACCAUGCAAUAUGUCAGCAAUUUUUAUGAGCAGCGGUUAUUGGGAGAGGAAGCCUGGAGCUGGAUGCAGCUCUGUGCUGCUAUUGAGUAUACUAAGACUAUACAAGUAUAAAAGGUUCUGGGUAUUAGAUAUAGUGUAAAUAUGGGAAGUCCUGGGUACCAGAUUCAGUAUGAGUAUGAGGGGUCCUGGGUUCUAGAUAUAGUGUAAUUAUGGGAAGUCCUGGGUACCAGAUUCAGUAUGAGUAUGAGGGGUCCUGGGUUCUAGAUGGAGUGUAAGUAUGAGGGGUACUUGGUUCUAGAUGGAAUGUAAGUAUGAGGGGUCCUGGGUUCUAGAUGGAGUGUAAGUAUGAGGGGUACUGGGUUCUAGAUGGAGUGUAAGUAUGAGGGGUACUGUACUGAAUCAAAAGAAAUACUUUAUUAAGAAAAAAAUUAAGAUUUUUUAUCUCCAGCACUAGGGUUUUUGUCAGGUCAAUCUUUCAUGUUUGCUAAGUAUUUUUGAGGAAAUGCCCUCAAAGCUUUUAAUCUGCAAUACUAUCUGCAUUUCAUUCUCUAUUCGUGUAGAAUUCUUUAUUAACUUUAAUAUUAAAAGAUAAUCUAAGAACUAAAAUAUAAUUAUUUCAAAUUAGAGAGUCUGGUGUUUGAGGGAAAAGAAAGUCAAACUAUAGAAAAGGAGUUAGCUGGGGAGUCUGAAAUAGUAAAUAAAUAAGCAAGAAUAAGAUCCCUACAUCUAGUGUUUACCAGACAAGACCAUAUAGGUUUAAAUAUAUCAAUAUAGAAAUUAUUAAAAAGUAUUGCGCGGUAAUUUAAAAAAAAUAAAAAUGUUAUUUUAGUCAUAAGAUAACUGUUGUAAAUAUCACGUUCUGAUUGGUUGGGAGCAAGUGCUUUGUGAGAGCACUCUGCACGUCUGCGCACUUUCUGUUGUCGGUGUCUCGUGUCAAAAUUAUCCAUUACAGAUGACAUUCUCUUGGAAAUCGUUCUCUUAUGAUAAACAUUUUAAAAUAUUUACAUAUGAAAGAAUAAACUUCGAACAGUGGCAUCACAUGGUCUGAAAUGUGCACAACACUGUGGCGGAUUUAGGGGGGGUUCAUUGGAUGUAAAUGAAACCCCCCCACCGGCUGGUACCUUGGAUUUUUUAUAUUUUUUUAAAUAAAUAAAUAAACAAAUAAAUAAAAGAA